GCGGAACUGAGAGCCGCGGCCCCGGCCCCGACCGGAAGUCUCAUCCCGCCGCCGGAUACGCGGACGCGGGAGCGCGCACGUCAGCAUCCCGGGUCGCCGCGUCGCGUCCCGUACUCCGCACGGGUAACGCUUGCCAACCUCGCAGCCCUCCAGCGGUCGUCGCGGGCGAGAUUUCCGAGUCUCGACGCUCUCGCGGCUCCGCUCAGCCCUGACUUCCGAGGGCCCGCGUCGGCCGCUCCGCGUUUCUGGAACCUUUACUUCCGGCGCUCGCACUUAGGAGAAUUUGGGAGAGUGGUGGUGGGGUUUCCGAUGCUUUACGUUUUCUGCGGGGUUUGGGCAGUUCUUGGGGAACCCCGAAACCGAAGUCCGCGGUGUAUUCAGGGGCUGGGAGUGCAACCUCAGGCGCCUGCGAGCCCCCUGAGGGCUUGGGCCGCCCUCCUCGGCUGGAUGACUGGCGCCGGCAGCCUCAGAGAGCCGGGGGCCUGCCUCCACCGCUAAGGGUGCCGUGGGCUGCUGGGGUCCGGCUCUGCCCUGCUCCACCCCUCCUCACAAAGCCCCUCCACCUCCCGGAGGAGCUCCCUUCUACCCACCUUCCCGUCCCCAGCCUUCGGACGACUCCUAUUUUCCGCAUUAGUUAUUUAUCCUGGUUAUUGGUCAGAGUUUCUCUGACCUUUUCCCACUCUGGAAUAGGUUCCAGAGGAGUACCUCGCACGGAAAAAUUAUUAGAAUAUAAAAUCCCAGAGGUCACGUAGUCCAGGUCCCCAUCCCACGCUUGAAGCGCUCAUAGAGCAGCCUCACAACAGCGCUUGGUUUUCUUCCUCAACUUCGCCACCACCUGCGGUUGCUGAUUCGGCCUCUGGCCUACAUGGAACCCAAUCAUGUGUAUUUCUCUGUAGCUCUGCUCUCUUGGCCUGGUAAUGCUGCUGCUGGAGACCAUUGGACAGAACAGGGACAGUCCUGUUGUGUGAAGGGCAUGGGUCUGUGCUAAUCAGGCCCGCUCCUUCCAUGACCUGUGCAGAACCCUGCGCCAGCCCCUCUGCCCACUGUUCCAGGACAGUUGUACAUCCUCCUUCCCAGUGCCCGAGGUAUUCCUUCCACCCAGGGAAGGACAUUUCAAAAAUGUUUUCUUUUGCUGUCUCCUACUGGCCCUGCCUGUUCCUGCCCUCACUCCUGCCAUGGUUUCCUUGGAAGCUCAGGCGUAGCAUUUCAGUCUGGUCCUAUGAAGGCUUGCUUUCUGUUACUCCAGGGUCUUGGGCAGUUUGCGAUGGCUUUAACUCUUACUACAGAAUUGCAGAAAUUCCUUUCUUUGUGGAAGGCACUGCUAGCCCCUGCCCCCCCCCCCCCCCCACAGUUCUGUUUUAUGGAACACUGCACCUGCUUUGUUUAUCCACUGCAGUUAACUUUUGGAAUUACCCAGAUUUCAUUUCUUUGACAUGGACUCACAUACAGGGUGACCUUGUGUCCUGGGUUGCCAGAGAUAGUUCUGGCUUAUACUGUUUGUCCCAGCAUAAUCACUUUCAAAAGAUUAAUGGUUUGUAUGAUCAACCUUGUCUUUGUCUCUAAGUUAGAUGCACUUAAAUUUGUAAUUAAGAGAGUGGCACGUGGCAGCCCAUGUGAGAGUUGCACUGGCCCACAGAUUUUAGAGCCACAGACUAAGAAACCAGAAUUCCUCCAAGUCAAUGCUCACCCAGUGUUUUGGGUGGCUUUGCCCCCAGAGGGUAGGGGUUCCCCUUCCACCCUGGCACAGAAAGUCCAAGCUAAUACUGAGAAAUAUGUCUAGUCAAAUUCAUCCCCAGUUACUAUGGGGCUUUGAAGCCAGUCCUCCUAAAUUCACUGUCAUGAUCCAGAGGAAGGUGUUGUUCAAGCCCAGCUCCUUGACAUGGCACCUGGCUCCUGGAAAAGUAACUGACUUGGAAGUGUGACCAGAGUUAGGCCUGAGGUGUCCUGGGCUUCCCCAGGAACCAGAGAACUCAGUCCAUGCAGGGCCAGUUAGUUUUAAAGAGACUGAAUGUCAGCACUUCUAACUGUCCUAGCAUUAGGCUAAGAUGCUGGGACAUCUUAGGCUAAGAUGCUGGGACAUUAGGCUAAGAUGCUGGGACAUCCACUAUGAUGACCAACCAUCUUUGCCUGGGAUUGAGGGGUUUCCUGGUACAUGGGUCUUGCAGUUUUAAGACCAGAAAACCCCGGGCAAACUGGGAUGAAUUGAUUACCCUCUUCUCAACCCUGGCUGCACGUUAGACUCUCUUGAUGAGCCUCUCAUUUACAGUCUAAUUUAAUUGAUUCAGGUAUUUGCACUUUUUUAUAAAGCUUUCAAGUUGAUUCCAGCAGGCUAGCAGAGUUGAGAAUUACUUGGCUGUAGACUGUUUCUGAUAACCAUUGAAGUUGUUUGUUUUUUGAGCAGAAGCAGACCCAGACAUCUCUCAAAGGGGUGUAUGACCCUGUGUGUUGGUCUUCACCUUAUCAAGAGGGAUAUCAAGUGAGCAGUUGCCUUCUAUUAAUAUUAUCUGUCCUCACCCCCAGCCCUUCUUUCCUACUGGUGAGGACCAAGCUUUCUCUUUUCCUGGCAUGCUCUGAUACCCCCUCCUUCAGGAUAGGAGAUCAGUGGAAUUACCUCGUUUUGAUUGGUGGAAUCAUGAUUUGCACAAUUGCAGAUAAAGCUGGUGUGAGACUUGAGAUAGGACUGCCAUCUCUAGGUCUGGGUCACGUGCCCCCAGAGAGUGAUGGUCCAGAGGCUAACUGUGGAGCUGUGUGUGCUUUGCUCCAUGGGAUGUGGGAGCUUUGAGACCAGGUGCCUCUGGGACUGUCCCCUCUGCAGGCUUCCAGGAUCAUGUGGUACGUUAGCACCAGGGGCAUGGCCCCACGGGUUGACUUUGAGGGGGCCCUCUUCUCUGGCUAUGCAUCCGAUGGAGGUCUCUUUAUGCCUGAGGAGCUCCCACAGUUGGACAGAGAGACCCUGUGUCAGUGGAGUGCACUCUCCUAUCCUGGCCUCGUGAAGGAGCUGUGCGCCCUCUUCAUUGGCUCUGAGCUCAUUCCAAAAGAUGACUUAAAUGAUCUGAUUGACCGAGCCUUCAGCAGAUUCCGUCACAGAGAGGUGGUCCAUCUGUCCAGGUUGAGGAAUGGGCUGAACGUGUUGGAGCUGUGGCAUGGCGUCACAUAUGCAUUUAAGGACCUGUCCUUGUCCUGCACAGCACAGUUCCUGCAGUACUUCCUGGAGAAGAAGGAGAAGCAUGUCACUGUGGUCGUAGGAACGUCUGGGGACACAGGAAGUGCUGCCAUUGAGAGUGUUCAAGGGGCAAAGAACAUGGACAUUAUCGUUCUGCUGCCCAAAGGUCACUGCACAAAGAUUCAGGAGCUCCAGAUGACAACAGUGCUGAGGGAGAACGUCCAUGUGUUUGGAGUGGAGGGAAACAGUGAUGAGCUUGAUGAGCCGAUCAAGGCCGUGUUUGCUGAUACGGUUUUUGUCAAGAAGCACAAUCUGAUGAGCCUGAAUUCGAUCAACUGGUCCCGGAUCCUGGUGCAGAUGGCCCACUACUUUUUUGCCUACUUCCAGUGUGCACCGUCCUUGGACACGCAUCCCCUACCCCUGGUGGAAGUGGUUGUGCCAACAGGGGCUGCUGGUAACCUUGCAGCUGGGUACAUCGCUCAGAAGAUAGGCCUGCCCAUCCGUCUGGUUGUGGCAGUGAACCGCAAUGACAUCAUCCACAGGACUGUCCAGCAGGGAGACUUCUCUCUGUCUGAGACUGUUAAAUCAACCUUGGCAUCAGCUAUGGACAUUCAGGUGCCCUACAACAUGGAGAGGGUAUUCUGGCUGCUUUCUGGCUCUGACAGCCAGGUGACAAGAGCCCUCAUGGAGCAGUUUGAAAGGACCCAAAGUCUGAAUCUGCCCAAGGAACUGCACAGCAAGCUUUUAGAGGCGAUGACAUCCGAGUCAGUGUCGGAUGAAGCCAUCACCCAGACCAUGGGCCGCUGCUGGGAUGAGAACCAGUACUUGCUGUGCCCCCACUCAGCGGUGGCCGUGAACUACCAUUACCAGCAGAUGGACAGGCAGCAGCCCAGCACUCCCCGGUGCUGCCUCGCCCCUGCCUCUGCAGCCAAGUUCCCAGAAGCUGUCCUGGCUGCUGGCCUGACUCCUGAGACUCCUGUGGAGAUUGUAGCCCUGGAGCACAAGGAGACACACUGCACCCCGAUGCGGAGAGGUGACCCCUGGACGCUGAUGCUUCGGGACACCGUUGAGGACCUUAGCCGGCGGUGGAAGGGCCAUGUUCUGAACGCCUCCUGGUAGCCUGGCUGGAGGUGGCUUCCUUUAGGCUUCAGAUCCCAGGGAGGCGCACCCUCUAAGCUGCCUUGUGCACCCUCCCCAUUAAGCAUAGGUUAGGAGGUUCCUGGGAGGCUGCUCAGCUGGUUCUGGAGCCAGCUGGCUUUGCUCUGUUCCCUGGCUUCUCUGUGCCCAGUCACCAGGGAGGCUGAGUGAGGGGGUGUGAACAGUUGCCAGUAGUACCCCCUCCCUCCCUGGCCUGAGCAGCAGUGUCACAGCUGUAGUGAGAGUUUCAUGGCCUGCAAAAGAAGAGCCUUGGGCACAGGAUUGACCAUGGUUCCAGGGGUUUAGGACCCCAGACCUGUGAAGGUGGGGGUUGCUCACCUCCUUCAUGCAGGCCUUAUAUGGUCUCUGAGCCUUAGUUGAUUUGGCCCCCCAAACCAAAUCCAAAGCAUCUGGCCUGCUUUGUCAGAGACUUCCACCCUGUUCACAUGUUGGGAAUCCCUGGAAUAAAAUGUUUGUUCAGUGUGA